GAGAGCGCGUGGGCGUUUAGCUGGAAACAGAAAGUUAAAGUUUUGCUCUCAAACCUCUCCUCCUCCCUCCUGUCCUCUGCAGCACACUCUGCUCCCGUUAACUUUAUCAUUCACAACUUUCCUCACGGAACUUUGAAAAGAACCAGGCAUCGCUCCAGAUAUGGCCAUUUACCAGCAGCCGGCCUCCGUGGUGUCAGUCACCACCACCACCAAUCACGGCCCUGGAGGAUGGAGCACCGACAUCUGCGACUGCUGCUCCGACAUGGAAACCUGUUGCUGUGCUCUCUUCUGUUUCCCUUGCCUGCAGUGUAAGACGGCCAGCAACUACGGCUGGUGCUGCCUCAUGCCCAUGCUGGACUGCUGCUGCGUGGUGUCCUGCAUCCUGCGCUCAAACCUUAGGGAGCGCUACAACAUUCCUGGCUCGUGCUGCGAUGACUGCUGCAAGUUAAGCUGGUGCUACGUGUGUACCUGGUGUCAGAUGCAUCGCGAGCUGAAGCUCAGGGGCAACAUGCCGCACUCCCACUCAGUGGUCACUACGCAGGUUGGCAGGAUGUAACGGCAAAGUGAGGCUGUGUUAAGAGGAUAUGACAUGUUUUGCAAAUAAUGUUCAAUGAUUUGCAUGUUUUGCUUCAAUAAUCAUUAGAACGUGUUAUGUCAUUUCUUCUAGCAUUAUUGUUUCUAUCAGGUGAGCAAAGACAUUUGGUUUCAUGUGUGCAGUGAGCAUCUUAAAAUGUUAGCAGUGUAAGUAAACAAUAGCAGCUUUGUAAAAUGAACUUUGUUUAGAGCUUUACUCCCAUUGUGAAAGCUACAUAUCUGGAGUUUUUUUUAAUCAUUUUUACAUGCUGGAUGUUUAACUUGUAGGCUGUGUUGCCUGAACUGCUCUGGGAAUAAAGUAUUUUUGUUCCAAGUUA